GGGAAACCAUUGCCAGUACAAAAGCGUCUCAGUGCACGUCCUACUUGUGUCGCUCUACAGCAGGGCGAUUCUGCGCGUUCCCGUGACUCGCCAUAGAAAACAAAGCUUGAACGUCUCCCACAACAGCGAGGGGUGCAGACUUGAGGACUAUCUGAAUUUAUUCUGGAUACAUCAUGCUGGAUAUGGAUCUACAGUGGGUGUAGCAUUGUUGGAGACCGAGCCUUCACGGCCGGGGUUGACGGCAGGACAUUAGCGAAAACGGACGAAAAUAACAUCAGUGGUUUUUUUUUCUCGGGGUGCUUUGUCUUGUCCACCUAACGAUAGCAAACCAUCAUUCAAGAUAUCCAGCUAGUGACUACUAGCUGCCGCCGGGAUGUAUCGUCAUGUUGUCACCUUAAAGUAGCUGCUAGGACUGUUGGAUUGUGAAGGAUACGCAGAAAACCUCUCCGAGGUCCCAUCGGGUUGUCACCGGGACCUGAAUCUGUGUUGGCCACAGUCGCGGAACCCACUGUUUUCGGCGAUAUGGCGGAGCAGGGCUACACAUCUUGGGCCUACUCCCUAGUUGACUCCAGCCAGGUGUCCACCUUCCUCAUAUCCAUCCUCCUCAUCGUCUAUGGCAGCUUCAGAUCAUUAAACAUGGAUUGUGAGAACCAGGAGAAGGAUAAAGACGGUAACCCCAUGCCGGGGACCUUCAAUAACGGCUCAAACAACAGUGAGUGUAUUCAGACUAUAGACUCCACACAGGCGCUGUUCCUGCCCAUAGGAGCCUCGGUGUCUCUGCUAGUCAUGUUCUUCUUCUUCGACUCGGUACAGGUGGUCUUCACCAUCUGCACGGCAGUUCUUGCAACAAUUGCAUUUGCAUUCCUCUUGUUGCCGAUGUGCCAGUAUCUGACCAGACCCUGCUCCCCGCAGAACAAGAUUUCUUUUGGCUGCUGUGGGCGUUUCACUCUGGCGGAGCUCCUGGCCUUCUCCCUCUCCGUCAUGUUGGUGCUCAUCUGGGUGCUGACUGGACACUGGCUUCUCAUGGACGCUUUAGCCAUGGGCUUGUGUGUCGCCAUGAUAGCCUUCGUGCGGCUUCCCAGUCUGAAGGUGUCCUGCCUGCUGCUGUCAGGACUGCUCAUUUAUGAUGUAUUUUGGGUGUUCUUCUCAGCCUACAUCUUUAACAGUAAUGUGAUGGUCAAAGUUGCAACCCAACCUGCUGAAAAUCCCAUAGAUGUUCUGUCCCGGAAGCUCCACUUGGGACCAGGGAUGGGCCGCGACGUCCCCCGUCUCUCAUUACCUGGAAAACUGGUCUUUCCCAGCUCCACAGGAAGUCACUUCUCGAUGCUGGGAAUAGGAGACAUCGUGAUGCCGGGGCUGCUGUUGUGCUUCGUCCUGCGCUACGACAACUACAAGAAGCAAGCAAAUGGGGAAGUCCCUUUGUCCGGACGCAUGCAGCGCGUCUCCUAUUUCCACUGCACUCUCAUCGGAUACUUUGUGGGUCUGCUGACUGCCACCGUGGCCUCCAGGAUCCAUCGCGCGGCUCAGCCCGCUCUGCUCUACCUGGUGCCCUUCACCCUGCUGCCUCUGCUCACUAUGGCCUACCUGAAGGGGGAUUUGCGGCGCAUGUGGUCCGAGCCCUUCCACACCAAGACCAGCAGCUCCCGCUUCCUGGAGGUAUGAUGCACCCUGGGAUAAAAAAAACGACCAGUGCGGGGAGGACUGCUGAUCUUUUACCUUAAUUAGAGGGAAGGAGAGAGGGCGCACUCACAGUGAGGCCAUGUUGUCAUCACUUGUUCAUGCUUUCCGCCAAUCUUCUGUGAAAACCCUCAGAAGGACACCAGUGUGUGGAUCACAACGCCCCAACACGAUUCAUUGUUGGUACCUACAUCCUCCCCGUUUCAUCGCCGCUUCCUCUUUUCUCUUUUUUAGCACAUCCUGCCGACGCCGUGUUUGUCUCUCUCCCCCCCCCCCCCCCCCCCUCUCCUUUUUCCGUUUUCUCUGCUCUUUAGUUAGUCUCAUUUGCCACUUCUCUCCCAAGGCUCCUUCCAUUCGUCAGGCCUCUUCUCGCUGCGAUUUCCUUCUUUCCCUGCGUCUUUAAAUUUCUCUGCAUCUCUGUUUGUCCCCGACUCGGAUGAACUCGAGGGCCAAGCCUCCCCCCUUUUUGUGGACUUAGGGUUGUGAGACAUGGCUGGGGUUUCUAUAUAUAUUUUUUUAGCAUUCUCGUGGUCAUUAUUAUUGGUAUUCUUAUUAUUAUUAUAGAACGAUUUAAACAAACUGAGAAGAGGCGGAGUGUUGCAGUGGCACAGGACAGUGCUCGGGAGCAGCGACACAGUAAAGGAGAAGAGUCUUCCCCCUCCAUCCGUCUCCCUCUUCCCCCCCCCCCCCCCUGCUUUCUUCAUCUGUCACUUCAUCCCUCCCACCACAAUGGCUUUUUCCCCCAGUACUCCCGCCCUCCAACACUCCCCGCGAGCCCCACCUGCAUCCUCUCUGUUCAUCUGCUGUCCCCAUUCCCUGCCCUCACAGAUAACUAUGUAUUUUAUUUAGAAAAAGUUUUAUUCUUGGCAUAUACAGAAAUGCAUUAUAAAUUGUUAAGCUGCCCCCAGCAUUUUAGGGGCCGCUUCUAUUUGUAUAUAUGUGUAUUUGCGGUAUCUUGAGUUUGUAUUUGUGUUUGGGAGCAUGUUGAAUAGGGUGGGAAACCAACGCCAGCCAACAGCUGAAUUUUGGUGAAUUUUGGCUGCCGGUUUUGUCGAACCGACUGGUGAGCAUCCAUCACUUACAGGUUGUUUUCUAAAGUUUGUUGGCUUGUGUGAUAGAAAUGUAGCUGAUGGAUCUUUGGGAUAAAAAAACAAACAUCUGCAUCGGUGGCUGGUUUCCUGCUCUAGUGUCCAGUGUGUUGGAUCAAACGGUUUCAUAAACACGACAUGUCUAAUGGAAACAGUUUGUGUCCUAACUUGUUAAAAAAAAGUUACAGAAAACUCAACAGGGGGCAAUUUGUUUUUAUCGGUCUUUCUUCGGACAGUUGGAAAUGUAAACAGUGUUUUUUUUUUUUUGUUUUUUGUUUUUUUUUCAAAUAAAUGAAUGUUGAAUUCAUUUUAAGGUAUGCUAUGUUACUUUUCAUCAUGAAGCCACAUCAUACAUCAUGCUGGGUAAUUUCUCUUGUGCACAUCCUAAAUGUACAUGUAUUUAUGGCCAUGGAGACACUUAAAGCAUCAAAUUUUAGACAUUAUAAAUGUCUGAGCAUGGUGAUAUCUGAUCGGUUUGUGUACGUUUUGACGUAAGAAGUCGGUGGAACAGCACAACAGCACACGUCAUCUGAACUUCACCUCCAUCGAUGAAGACCAUCGUGAAAGUUUGGACUCAAAGCAUUGGAGAUAAGGGAAGACGUACCGAGGUGGUUUUCAUAUGUAGUUACAGAUGAAGGGUACUCUGUGUGGACGAUUAAGUGUGUUUGUGUGUGUGUGUGUGUGUGUGUGUGUGUGUGUGUGUGUCAUCGCAUAAUAAAGUCUGUUUGGAACUAAAGAGGGGAUAAAAUCAGUUAUGAAAUUAGAAAUAAAAGUUCACCCAUAGGAUGUUUUUCUGUCACCACUUGGUCCCCGACAGUCUCUUUUUCUUUUCUUUUUUAUGGUCCUUCCACUUUUUUGUGGUGCUUGUCAGUUAAUAUCUAAUGUAUACUGGAAAAAGUGUGAGCGAUUGCACAGCAGGAAGUCGGAGAGACGUACGGACGAUGCAGUUUGCUCGCUUUUUGUUUUUGUUUUUUACUUUUCUAUGCUAUCUGGCCGUGCAUGUUUAGUGUACAGUGUAUCAUUUCUCAGACUGCAUCGACGGGGCUACUGCAGUUUUGAGUCUCUGCUGGCCGACGGCGAGGCACUGGACCUAAUGAGCUCGCCUACAAAGAGCAGCGUGAGUGGUUGGACAAAGGCUGCGGGUCAGAAAGACUGCGAUUGGUCAGCUCUGACCUCCUGUGACUGAUUCACAAAGGCUGAAUAUUAAUAAGACGUGAAUGCCGUCGGGUUGGGACACCCGGCCUGCCGCUCAGUGCGGUCGCCUAAACUCGGACAUCAUGGGAACCACAAGGCCCCUUCACCUCUUCAUGGACAUGGACAGAAAAUAUAUAGAUCUAUAUACAUAUAUAUGUGUGUGUAUAAUAUGUAUACACUCAUAUAUGUGUGUAUAUAUGUACAUACAUAAAUAUCUGAUGAUGAUCAUGGUGAAAACAACAAAAAUGUUUUGUUUUUUAUAGAAAAUGAAUUCCUUUUUACCCGGUUAGUAUUUUUAUUUUUUUCCUUUAGUUCUUUAUUUUAUUUUAUUUUUAUUUCCACCUCUUCUCCCCUCCAGCAGAGGACUCCAGCUCUGUUGGUGUAUUGAUAUUACGGCUGAAUGGAUUCUGUAUAGAACAAUGGUGAAUAAAUAAAUUAAGAACUGUG